UUCAUGUAAAAAUAUAUUGAUAUUAAGAGCAACAGUAGAAUUGCUUAUUACACUUUUCGAAGGUAUGCAGGUUUUCGAAUAUACCAGAACAUUAGCCGCUCAUGAGAAAUUCGUCAACGGCCUAGAUGAAAUUGGGAAUGCACUAUCGCUGUUGAUAAACAAGGCAUUGUGUUUAAGUCAUAACAAAACCGUUAUCAUAAUACUGCUGAGUGCAGUGCAAUCGUUGAGCGAAAUACAGAAUAUGUUCAAAUAUUACAUACUGAAAGAUGCUACCGUUACAAAGAAGCUGCCGUUUCCGAUUCUGGAUGAUCCUUGGCAACAAUUAAUUCAAAGGAUUACCAAUUUCGGAGAAGACAAUUGCAAGAACACCAUGAAUAAACUUAUUUUACAUCGAUUGAAACUAGGUAUAUCAGAUAAACCUAUUAAACUUCAUGGGUUAAUAGGUGGCCUUGAGUAUUCCUGGAGUGCUAUUUUAAAACAUGACACAGAUAUGCUUUCCUUGUUACAUGACAAAGAGAUAUCGAAAGUGACGAAUUUAUUGUUGGCUGAUAUAACAUCGAGCGAACAGAAUUUUCGUGAAUGGCUCAACAUAUUAGAUAAAGAAUGCCUUCAAGAAAAUAGACGCUUUGUAAUGUGUCUCUUAAGCCAUAUUCUUGUCCAAAUUGGACAAAGUUUUUCAUUAACUAUUACCGAAUACAUUAACGUUAAGCUGUUGAUGGAGAACGGGCAUAAUGAUAAAUUAUUAGAAGUCUUACAAGUUCUAAAAGAACAGAUAUUACAGGAACAAUGGACGCAAGCGGCAAAUACAAUUUCUUUUAAUAUUGAUUUAUAUUUAGAAAUAUUCCUUCAUUUACCGACUAUAUAUUUCAGCCCUAAUGUGAGAAUGUUAAUAUUCCUGAUCGUGUAUUCCAUUAGUACAAAAUAUGAAAAAAAUGACAAAGUAUUAGCGUUAUGCAACAUGAUAUUUUCAGAUUUACUCGAGAAAACCGGAAUCGAUAUAUUGCAAUAUAUAGAACCAAAAAUAUUGAUAAACCAAUUAGCGCACACACAGCAAAAUAAAGCAUUUUCAAGAGCUUGCGAGUUCUCUCUUCGGAAUGUGAAAACAUAUGUUACUUUAAAGAAUCUCGUAAAAAGUUAUGCUCAAUGCAAAGAAGCUAUGUGCAUUAUUUUGGAAUGUAUGGAAGUAGUCAAACCAAAGUUGGAUACUGAACAAAAAGUCAUUUUCAGAAAGGCAGAGAAAAAAUUAGCCAAAGCUAUUUUAAAGAUGUUACCUGAAGACAUAAACGACCCUUUUGAUGUGAAAUGUUUAACAGCAGUGUUAAAGGUAACUGUUAAAACUGGAAAAGUCACUGAUACUUUAAAAAGAUUCACUGAAUUAACUCUCAAAAAUAUAUUUACGGCAAGAGAAAAUUCAAGCAGUACAAAUAAUAGUAAAUUGUUGCAACAAAGUGUACAAUUGUCUAUCAUUGUUUUACAACAUCGCAAAAUGUUUGAAAUCCAAGAUACGAUUAUCAGAAACUUAUGGUUUGUAAUGUUAAAGCAUCCUUGCAAGAAUUUAAUCGAACUUUUAUUAGCAUCUACCAGAUUAGAAGAAUUUCACGAGCUUUUAAGACGGUUACACGAUCAGACGAUCAAUAGCUUGUCGCAGAAAGAUGAAUCAGUAUGGAUAAAUCUGUUUAUCAUUUGGAGCAGUAUAAUGAAAAUAGACAUGAAUGUUAAACGUAAUAAAGUACGUUUGGGUGCGAUCAAUAAUCUGAUCAAAACUGUGUUAAUGUUGGAUAUCCCACACGAAUAUUGGUCAGGAUUGUUGUGUUUAUCUCACGAUGUAAUCAGUGCCAAACACUUGCUUAUUCCCGACAUUACGGUCGAUCUUAUUACGCUGAUCAGUUUAAAGUCGCUCGACGAAGCGAAUAUAUUGUCGUGCAAAGAUGUGCUCGCUAUAUGCAGAACAUUGAUAAAAGCCAAAACAAACUUGAUAAUAGACAGGCUACCUAAUUUAUUGCUGUUGUAUAGACAUAUAAUAAAUAUCGUUGUCCUUGCAUCGAAAAAUGUAGCCGAUAAAUUCGACGAGCAUCGAUUUAGAUGUUUCGCACUCGAUAUCACAAAAUUUACAACCAUGCUGGUAAAAUUGAAGAAAGACAUGAUCCGGCUAAGUCCGUAUGUGAUCGCUGAUCUCUUGCAAUUGAUUGUGGAAGGCACUAUACCAUCCUACAUCAAGAUGGCUUUACACGAAUCUCUAUGUCAAUUAAUUAGCAUCUGUGAUCAGCAUGGACUUGCAUUUUUAUCCCGUACAUUACCAGCAUCGUUGCAGGAAGUCUUCAAAGUACAAUUAAAUACGUUCAAAAAGUUUUAUAAAUACUCUGGCAAAAUUUAAGUGUCUCACUUCCUUGAUUGAAUUUAAUUGUACGAACCUCUGACCUUUCUCUUUUCUGAAAGGUAAAAUUAACAGAUUACAAAGAGAGAAACACACAUUGUAUAAAUCUAAUUGUACAACUAUUAUAUGUAUGUACAUAUAUAUAUAUAAAUAUUU